UACGAACCAUGCUUAGCUUGUUCUUGAAGCUUGUUUUACUAUUCCUCUCAUGUUUUGCCACUCUUUGCAAAACCUGCAACCAAAUAGAUAAGGAAUCACUCUUGUCUAUAAAACUCAACAUAUAUUCUCCUACAAUAAAUUGGACCUCUUCGGUCGACUGCUGCCUAUGGGAAGGGAUCGAGUGUGAUGCGAACGGUCGUGUCACUCAUUUACAGCUGCCCGGGAGAGACCUUAGCGGCUCCAUCUCCCCAUCAAUUGGGAACUUGACACAUCUUUCUCACCUCAAUCUUUCACACAAUCACCUUUCCGGUCCUGUCCCCCAUCAUUCGUUUUUGUCUUUAGUUCUUGUUGAAGUUCUGGAUUUGAGUAAUAAUUCUCUUACAGGUGAAUUUCCAUCAUCUUUGUCAUCUAAAGUCAUUAGAUUGUUUGAUUUAUCCGGCAAUAAUUUACAAGGAACGAUUCCAUCAUCGUUCUUCCAGCUAUCAGCAGGAAAUUUGGAGAGUUUUAAUGUCAGCAAAAAUAGUUUCACAGGUCUUAUCCCUUCCUUUAGCCGGACUGAAACUUCCUGCAUUCUCAGGAUUCUGGAUUUCUCAAACAAUGAUUUUACAGGUCCAAUUCCUCCAGGACUUGGAAAUUGCUCAAGACUUCAGGUUUUCCGGGCAGCCUGUAAUUUUAUCUCAGGUUCACUACCUGAUGACAUUUAUGCUGCCAUAUCGCUUGAAGAGCUCUCCUUACAUGUUAACUCCCUAUCUGGACCCAUUAGCAACACCAUUGUCAACCUCACAAGCCUUAUCAUUCUUCAGCUUUAUUCUAACAAUUUGACUGGCUUCAUCCCUCAGGGUAUUGGCAAGCUCACCAACUUGACACAUUUGUACCUUCAUGUGAACAACCUAUCUGGCUCUCUUCCUCCAUCCAUGAAGAAUUGCAUCAAUCUCAUAAAACUGAAUUUGCGGAAUAACAAACUUGAAGGAAAUCUUUCGGCAUUUAAUUUCUCAAUGUUUCGCCAUCUUCGUACAAUCGACCUUGGAAGCAAUAACUUCACAGGUAGCUUCCCAUCGACUCUUUAUUCAUGCAAGUCACUAACUGCAGUAAGGCUUUCCCGUAACAAUAUAGAGGGAGAAAUUUCACCUGAAAUAGUUGCAUUGGAAUCAUUGUCAUACCUCUCGCUUGCCCAAAACCGAUUAACGAAUGCCACUGCAUCAAUCAAGAUUUUGACAGGUUGCAAGAACCUCAGUGUUCUAUUCCUUUGUAAAAACUUCAAGGGUGAAAUGAUUCCUGAUGAUAUUACCUUCUCAUAUGCAUUUCCAAAUCUCCAGGUUUUGGCUUUGAGUAAAUCACAAUUCCAGGGUCAAGUUCCUUCCUGGAUAAGUAAUCUCAGGAAAUUACAGUUCUUGGACUUAAGUUUGAAUCAAAUCACUGGUUCAAUUCCAGGGUGGUUAGGGACUAUGACAAGUCUAUUCUACAUCGACUUGUCUUAUAACCUUCUUUCCGGAGAGUUUCCGAAGGAACUCGGCGGAUUGCCAAUGUUGGUAUCAGAAUUACAGGCUGCGAAAAAAAUUGGUGCGAGCCGCUUAGAGUUACCUCUCUUUAUUCCUCCCAAUAUCAAUGCUUCUAAUGAAGAAUACUAUAGUCUCCUCAGGUUACCACCGUCGAUAUUCCUCCAAAACAAUAGUCUCAGUGGCAGCAUCCCCAUUGAGAUUGGCCAAUUACAUUUUCUUCAAUUGCUUAAUCUCAGCUAUAACAAAUUCUCUGGAAACAUUCCGAAUCAAAUAUCGAAACUCACUAACUUGGAGAGAUUGGAUCUAUCCGGAAACAAUUUAUCUGGUGAAAUCCCUGCCUCGUUCAGUGGUCUCUACUUCUUGUCGGAGUUCAGCGUCGCGAAUAAUAAUCUUCAUGGUCUGAUACCUUCAGGAGGUCAGUUUCAUACUUUUUCCAUCUCCAACUUUGAAGGAAAUCCAGGUCUGUGCGGUGAUAUUAUAGAAAUCUCAUGUUCUAUUCAAACAAGAACGAGUCAUAAUCCUGUUCCUUCUCCAAGUGAAUCUUCAAAAAAGGAGCUUGUUUAUGGACUCACUGCUGGAGUUGUUUUCGGAUUUAUUAUUGGGUCCGUAGGUGGGAUUUUUUACCCAAUUCGUGUAUAUAGUUUAUUCAGAACUCUCUGA